AUGAGGACUGGGAUGGGGCCCGGCGACGAGCCCCUGCUCUGCGCGGUGUGCUCGGACGCGGAAGGCGUGACGACUCCAUGCUGCCACCAGCCCGUGUGCGGUGAAUGUCUCGGCCACUGGGCGGCGUCGUCGAAGCGGCUCUUCCGCUGCCCCUUUUGCAAAGACGACUCCCAUUUUACGGCCUUCGCGACGGAGCUCGGCGUCAGGCUCGAGCCCAACAAGGCGUGCACGUUCGUCGAGGAGGUCGUCAACCCGGCGCCGGCCUGCGCGGAGGAGUCGUGCCGCUGCCCGCGCGGCCGGCGCUACGACGCCGACGAGCGGACCAUGCGCUCGCGCGCGCGCGACGCGUCCUGGGCGCUCGUGCCCUGCUCGCUCUGCGGCCAGUCCUGGGUCCACGCGGGCUGCCGCUCGGCGCCGUCGUUCGUCUGCGGGAGCUGCACGCCCGAGGAGCCGCGCGACGAUGCGGCGGCGGCCUCCGUCGGCGUCGACGACGGGGCGCCGGCGGCGGAGAACCCCUUCGCCGUCGGCGACGCCGUGGAGGCGCGCUGGGCCGGCGGCCAAAAGUACUACGCCGGCCGCGUGCUCCGCUGCCCGAGCGCGGCGGCCUGCGCGGUCCGCUACGACGACGGCGACGUCGAGGACGAGGUCCCCGUGGACUGGAUGCGCGCGCUCGCGCCGCGACGGCGCGAGGCGCGGCCGCGGCGGCCGGACGCGGCGCCGGACGCGGCGCGGCGGCCGGACGCGGCGCCGCGGCCGGACGCGGCGCCGCGGCUGGACGCGGCGCCGCACACCGCGGAGCGGGACGCGGCGCCGAGCGCCUGGCGCGACGCGGCGCGCUGGCCGAGAGUCGGGGAGGCGUGCAUGUUCCUGGGCGCAAGCCGGUGGUACGAGGGCAAGUCAGGUUCAGCAGAUUUAGCGGCCGUGACACCAUGA